AUGGUAGAAAAGAUGAUAGCUUCGGAAAAAAAUGAUACUUGGGAGCUCACAUUACUUCCAGGGGGAAAGAAAUUAGUAGGAUGCAAGUGGGUCUUCACUGUUACGCAGAAUGCUGAUGGUAUAGUUGAGAGAUACAAGUUUGAUGUGACGAAUACAUUCCUUCACACUAUGUUCAUCAAAAAGGGUGCUGGUAAGAUUGGUGUCCUUAUUGUUUAUGUUGAUGAUAUAAUAAUGACAAACAAUGAUGAGAAUGAGAUUCUUGAUCUUAAGUCUAGUUUGGCUCAAGAAUUUGAGAUUAAGGAAAAUGGACCACUAAAGUACUUCCUUAGAAUGGAAGUGGCCAGGUCAGAUAGAGUGGGUGUUAUUAGUCAGUUUAUCCAUGAUCUUCGUACUUCACAUCUGGAUGCAAUUUAUCGGAUCUUGAGAUAUCUCAAAUCAGCUCCAAAGAGAGGCAUUCUGUUCUCUAAUCAUGGUCACUUGCGAUUGAAGGCAUUCACUGAUGCCGCCUGGCUGGUUCUAUGA